AUGGCACCAACAACAAAAGGAAAGUCUGCAAAGACUACCAAGAAGUUCAUCAUCAACGCUUCCCAGCCAGCUUCCGACAAGAUCUUCGACGUUUCCGCAUUCGAGAAGUUCCUCCAGGACAAGAUCAAGGUCGAUGGCCGUGUCGGUAACCUUGGCGAGGCCGUAAAGAUCUCCCAGGUCGGUGACGGAAAGAUCGAGGUUAUUGCACACAUCGAUUUCUCCGGUCGUUACCUCAAGUACUUGACCAAGAAGUUCCUCAAGAAGCAGCAACUCCGUGACUGGCUCCGUGUCGUCUCUACCUCAAAGGGCGUCUACGAGCUCCGAUUCUUCAACGUUGUUAACGACGAUGCUGAGGAGGAUGAUGAGUAA